GAAUCCCUCCCACCCCUAUCACAUCUCGUCCGUUUACUUGCCAGUUGUGACUAUUUAACCCACUUUACCUCUCCUUUUUUUCGAUUCUGCGGCGCGCAUCGCAUCGUCCCGAGUCUUCCGCUUCUUCCUCUUCUUUUCCUGCUCCAGCUCUCGGACUCCUCUCUCUCGCUCUUUCGCUCUGCUUCGUGGUUCUUUUUUUUUUUUUUUUUUAAAGGUUUUGUUUGUUCUACUUAAAGGAAUGCGAAGAGUUUUCCAUCUGUCGUUAGUGUGGCCACAUGACGAGCUGCCCUGAACAUUUCCCCUCCGGUCCUCUCUCAGGUCUGACGCGCCUGUAGCUGUCCAUGGUGCUGAAACGCUUUCUUUCCGAAGACACCGGUGCGCUGCUGCUGCUGCUCCCGAAUUUCCAGACAGAGUCAUUAUUUCCGCAUCUUUUCGAGUCCUGCUGCAGGUGAGAUAAUUGCAGCAAUAACUGGUUCAUCUUCUACUGUGAGGCUUCUGGACUCAAACAGAAGGAGUUGGUGCCAAAAGGAAGCAACAAGAAUCGACUGUGCCUCUGCCAAAAGAGACUACAGCGGCUGCAUCGAUUUCAGGAGGACUCAUCUUUCUAGACUUGACAAAAACGACGAUCGUUGUAACGCAAACUUAGCCUGGAGAUAUUUGCUCUGUAGGGAACCAGUUGGGAAACUGGAAAUAGCGGAGGAAUACUCUUCAUUUCGCGUAUCCAUAAACAUUUUUUUUCUUGGUGCGGGGAGGAGGGGUACUUUCUUCUCUGCUGGAUCAACUUAGACUUAAACAACCCCCCUUCCCCUCCCUCCCUAAAAUAAAACUUGUCCUGAAUACCAAAUGGUAGUUUGAGGAGGCCUCGAUCAAGACAAUGGAGUCGUCCGCAAACGGGUCCAAUUUUGGCAUCGACUCGCUGCUGUCCCACAGGCCUGGAAGUCCGUUGUCCAAAGGGGACAGCCUGGCGGGGGAGUGCCGCUCGCCUCUGGAGUUCAGCCCGAGAUCAGACGUGGAGAGCGGCUGCUCGUCGCCUCCAUCGCCGCGGAGGGAGUGCGUGGAUGAGGUUGCCCAGAGGCAGGCUCACGGCGUCGGCCUGCCGCCGCACCUCCAGCACGCGCAGAUAUCUGCGGGCUCGCAGCAGAGGACCGUGACCUCUUCGUUCCUCAUCAGAGAUAUUCUCGCGGACUGUAAGCCCCUGGCCGCGUGCGCGCCAUACUCCAGCAAUGGCCAGCCGACUCAGGAGGCGGGGAGGCUGGCCUCCAAGAUAGCGGAAGACUUUAUGGAGAAAAUCCACAGCAACUCGUCGUCAGACAGUGAAUAUAAAGUGAAAGAGGAGGGGGACAGGGAGAUCUCCAGCAGCAGAGACAGCUCUCAGGUCCGGCUCAAGAAGCCCCGGAAGGCCCGGACGGCCUUCACGGACCACCAGCUGGCCCAGCUGGAGCGCAGCUUCGAGAGGCAGAAGUACCUGAGCGUCCAGGACCGCAUGGAGCUGGCGGCCUCCCUCAACCUCACCGACACACAGGUCAAGACCUGGUACCAGAACCGCAGGACAAAGUGGAAGAGACAGACGGCGGUGGGACUCGAGCUGCUGGCGGAAGCUGGAAACUACUCCGCCCUGCAGAGGAUGUUCCCGUCCCCGUACUUCUACCCGCAGAGCCUGGUGUCCAAUCUGGACCCCGGAGCGGCCCUCUACCUGUACAGGGGUCCCUCGGCGCCCCCGCCGGCCCUACAGAGACCUCUGGUCCCGCGGAUCCUGCUGCACGGCCUGCAGGGGGGCAGCGAGCCGCCUCCGCCUCUGCCCCCCAUGUCCGGCGUGCUUCCUCGGCCAGCUCAGCAGCGGUGAGCCGGCUUGCUGCACAUUCUUUUUCUUUUCUUUUUUUCUUUUUGUACGGCGACGGCAGCUCGGGACUCAGAGGUAGAAAUAAAAACAAAGACAGAAAAAAACGAACUGUUCGAGGCCUUUCAUAAUGGUGCGAAAUGGCCGAUUUAGGCUGAACCCUGUGGACGGAGCUUUGGGACUCAAACUGUGUCUGUGUGGAAGGAUUUUUUUUUUUUUUUGGGACAUGAGCUUUAUUUAUAACUUAUUUAUUUUUCAAUAUGAAUCUAAGUUAUGUAUUUAUUUGAUACAAGUUGCAGUAUUUUCAGUGUUUCAGUGUUUUUUUCUCCCAUCAACAGAUACAAUUGUUGGUGGCACUUUGACCUACAGUUCAAUGCCAAUUAGACCCCCUAUUAUUAUUAUUAUUAUUAUUAUUAUUAUUAUUAUUAUUAUUAUUAUUAUUAUUAUUAUUAUGUAGGCGUUCAUGGAUAGUGGCAGAGGCAGAAAGUAACAUCCUUCCAUGGAAUAUGAAUAUAAUGUAAUUUAGAGGAUCCAAAGGAACAAUGAGUAGCCUAAAUCUGUCAUUGAUUUUUCUUUACACGUGAAGAACAAGAUGAUCAGCAGUCAUAAACCUGUAAAU